GCUCUGCCCCGGCUUGGCCAGCAUAGGAAGCAGUGAGCCCUCAUCCCGCUGUGGGGAAGUCUGCCAUCCAGCGGAGCUCUCAGCUCACCGACGGCUCUGCUCCAAGCCAUGCUGUCCAGGGCUCCGCAACUUACCCUCGCCCUGCUGUUACUGUCAUCACUAGCCCAGGGAGGGAUCCGCCGAAAACGGACACAAAACGAAGUAGCACAAGAUCUCCCUGCCAUCGGGAAGUGUCAGAGGAGGCCAAAGCCGUAUCUGUGUAAGCACCAUUGUGAGUCUCACGAAGACUGCCAAGCUAAUAACAUAUGCUGUUCCAUGUGGUGUGGGAACGUCUGUGUGAACCUGUUGGACGACGGGGUGUGGGAAAUGACCAUCGCUCCCCCUAACGACAUCUCUUGGAUGGAUCAGUCCUCCCCCAACUUUGAAGGAGAUAUGGCUUCACCCAUACCCACCACACUGCCUGUCCCGGUUGACUCUGGUAAAUAAAUCAGAAUAAAUGAU